CCGAACGUUGUCCCUACGCGAACUUCAAUAACCUUUCCUUGGUCACCAAGAAUAAUCUAGAAACCGAAAUAAUUUUUUUUUUCUUUUUUUCUUUUUUUUAAAUGUAUGAAACGAAUAGUAUCUCCGAUUUCUUCAUUUCUCUCUAUAUAUACGCACACGGACAUUCAUUGAACCGUGGCCUAGAGUCUGGCAUUCUUGUUUGUUUGGUGAGUCCGAAAUUGAGAGGAAAAAAUGGUGGACCACGAUGAUGAUGGUGUUGCAGAGCAUAUGAACGGCGGAGAUUCACAUGAUCUCCAAUCUCUGCUCUCUUCUUCAGAGAAGGACUUUCUAAUUCGCAACAACGGUGAUCAGGUUAAAAUUGACAGCUUAAAGGGGAAAAAAGUUGGGUUAUAUUUUUCAGCAUCAUGGUGUGGCCCAUGUCAACGAUUCACACCAAAUCUGGUGGAGGUUUACAAUGAUCUCUAUCCGAAAGGAAAUUUUGAGAUCGUCUUUGUCUCGGCUGAUGAAGAUGACGAAUCUUUUAGUGGGUAUUUCUCCAAGAUGCCAUGGCUUGCAAUCCCAUUUUCUGAUUCAGACACACGCGAUCACUUGGAUGGUUUGUUUAAAGUGAUGGGAAUACCUUACUUUGUGAUCCUUGACGAAAAUGGGAUGGUUUUGACUCUGAGUGGAGUUCAGAUCAUCCAGGAGUACGGUGCAGAAGGAUACCCUUUUACCCCGGAACGGGUUAAAGAAAUCAAGGAGCAGGAAGAAGUAGCUAGGAGGGAACAAUCCUUGAGAUCUGUCUUGGUCUCCCAUUCCCGUGACUUUGUAAUUACUGCCGAUGGGAAGAAGGUUCCUGUAUCUGAGCUUGAAGGGAAGACUGUAGGCCUGUAUUUCUCAUUGUCUUCGUACAAGAAGUGUCUUGAGUUUACUUCAGCACUCAUGGAAGUUUAUGAGAAGUUGAAGGCAAAAGGAGAGAACUUUGAAAUCGUGAUGAUACCCCUUGAUGAUGAUGAAGAAUUAUUCAUUCAAGGCUUUGGAAGCAUGUCUUGGUUCUCACUGCCCUUUAAAGACAAGAGCUGCGAGAAGCUGGUGCGGUACUUUGAGCUUGCAGGUCUACCAACUUUGGUCAUCAUUGGGCCAGAUGGGAAGACUCUUCACUCUAAUGUUGCUGAUGCCAUUGAAGAAUAUGGCAUUAUGGCAUACCCUUUUACGCCUCAGAAGUUCGCUGAGCUCGAGGAGAUAGAGAAGGCAAAACGGGAAGCUCAAACAUUGGAGUCAAUUUUGGUUUCAGGAGAUCACAAUUUUGUAAUUGGAAGAGACGGAGUAAAGAUUCCAGUUUCCGAUCUUGUUGGGAAAAAUAUUAUUCUAUACUUCUCAGCACAUUGGUGUCCUCCAUGCCGCGCUUUUCUACCAAAGCUGAUAGAAGCAUAUCACAAGAUUAAGGAAAAGGAUAAUGAAUUUGAAGUGAUUUUCAUCUCUAGCGACCGGGACCAACCCUCCUUUGAUGAAUUCUUUUCUGGGAUGCCGUGGCUGGCACUUCCCUUUGGUGACAAGAGGAAGGCAUCUUUGCAACGCACAUUUAAAGUCCAAGGUAUCCCCAUGCUAGUUGCAAUUGGACCAACUGGUAAAACUGUCACUACAGAAGCCAGAGAUCUUAUUAGUUAUCAUGGGGCUGAUGCUUAUCCCUUCACCGAGGAGCGUCUAAAGGAGAUUGAGGUGCAAUAUGAGCAAAUGGCAGAGGGGUGGCCUGAGAAGGUGAAGCACACGCUUCAUGAUGAGCACGAGCUUGUGCUCAAACGGUGUCAGUUAUACACGUGCGACGCUUGUGAUGAGCAGGGCCAGGUCUGGUCUUUUAGUUGUGACGAUUGUGAUUUUGAUCUCCAUCCAAAAUGUGCUCUCAAGGAAGACGGGGGAACCAAAGAUGACACUGAGGACGAUGUUAUGGACACAGAGAACGCCAAAGAAGGAUGGAUUUGUGAUGGAGAAGUCUGUUUUAAAGCUUAAGAAGUUUGUGUAUAAAAGCUAAAUUCAGGGUCUUCGUUGUUAUGAAACAUAUAUAUGUGUGUGUGCUUGUAAUAACAGUAUAAUAUUUGAAGGCUUCUUUCUAAUAAAUAUAAAUUAUGAAUGCCCUUUCAUCUUA